GAUUUGCUUGUUUCUUUUUCCUAGUAUCAUGUUAACGAAUUUAUGGGAAUCACUUUUUCUUUGUCUAUGCAUAGAUUCGAGUUGCUAGUUGUUACUGCAUGAUGACUUGCUCUGCAGACUCUGGGAGGGAAAAAGUUUCCUUUCGACGAAUACAUUACUUUAAUUCAAUCCGUGCAGUUGUAGAUACAGUCGACUUUUCAUGUUAAAAUCUGCCCACUUCAUUGUUCACUUGAAGUUGAACUUUGUUGUAUCCAUCAGAACUUUCUUGUCUAGACCCUCCACUUAGUCGAAUUUUAUCAAGAUCCUAGUCAGUACUUAUAAUGAUCUGGUAAUAUCUUAAUCAUCGCAUCAUAUGUAUUCAGUAAACAUCGCUCAAUCCCACAGAGUGACUGGUAAUAACAAAGAAACCCUCAACGCCCUACCCAACCCACCCAUAAUAUACAUUUUCCAUAUACACACAUCCUCACCCAUCCAACCCAUAAAUAAACAUAAUCCUCACACCUUCCCCACCAAUAACACAUCCACCUUCUCAUUGAUCCAAUUCCCAAAUCUUCCCCAAUGCACACCACCACUCACUCAUCAAAGUAUCAUACCCCAGCACCACCAGCACCACCCCCAACAGUGAUAAAAAAGGACCAACCAAUGUCCCCAGUGAUCGAGCAACAGGGUGUAUAGGUAGGUAUAAGAGAGAGAGAGAGAGAGAAAAUCACAACCCCUCAAAAUCCCCCGCCCACCACCUCCUCACUCUCCCCGCGCCCACCGAAACCACAUGUCCAAUACCAAUAUUCUUAGCCUGAUCAGGGAACUUUUCGCGCUGGUCGCGCUGAAUGCGCAAUAAUGCAGCCGAGGUGCCGAUGGUGAGGGCGAAGAUGGGGUCUGCGAUUCUAUUUUCAUUUCGCAUCAUGUGUUAGUAUUCAG